AUGUUCACCCUCAACCUCCUCGCCGGCCUACUCGCCGCUACCAUUGCCUCAUCCUCGCCUAUUGCCUCGGACGCUCCUCUUGCAGCCCGCCAGACCACCUGGACGUGCCCUGACUUCGGCAAGAACAGUGCCGGCAACCUGGUCGUCACACCAGCCACCCCCAAUAACGGUCGCUGCUGCACGACAGGCUGGAGUUACAUUUGGGGCGAGGGACGCGAAGCCUGCUGCCGCAACGACCCGACCCUGCUCGAGGACUCGACUUACAAGUACGCGUUGCCCUGCAGCAACAAGUAUUGGACCUCGGGCGACGCGGCUCUACUGCUGCGGAGUUGCAACAUCGACGACGGCGCAGGCACCCGCUGCCGCGCCGCCUGUGAUGUCGUCCCCUGGUUGUAUCCUGACGCGAAGCCCUGCCCUGCCAAGAACUAA